AUGUCUUACCCUGAUCAACGUUCAAACGACGAGUGGCGAGCCGUCCUCAACAAGGAGCAAUUCCGUAUCCUGCGUGAGAAGGGUACCGAACCUCCUGGUUCUGGAAAGUUUGACAAGCAUUAUCCUGAGCAGGGUGUUUAUACCUGCGCUGGUUGUGAUGCACCACUUUAUAAGGCGAGCCACAAGUUCAGCUCUGGUUGCGGCUGGCCAGCCUACUUUGACAGCAUCCCUGGGGCCGUUGUCCGUCAUGAGGAUCGCGCUUUCGGUAUGGCACGAACAGAGAUUGUGUGUGCCAACUGCGGCGGUCACCUAGGACAUGUUUUCAAGGGCGAGGGCUUUGACACGCCCACUGAUGAGCGUCACUGUGUGAACAGCGUCAGUUUAAGCUUUUCACCCGAUGAUAAGACUGUCAAGGAUAAGCCUGAAAGCAAGGCUUGA